GACGCUUUCAAAUUUGACCCAACUCUGAAAGCAACCCAUUUUUAAAGAAAGUUUCAGCUGAGACGAAUGCAGCCUAUUAAAGUUCAUCAUUUCUCCCUAGGCUGAAAAUGGGUUUCUUCUGAUUUUACAGGAAAAAUAGAGAAAAUCAUAGAAACAGGGGAACACCAUGAAAAUGGGUUUCUCCGAACUUCUUCUAUACCUUUCCCCCAUCGUCCUUCUUCUGGCUACGCUCUCCACUGCGCAGCCAACCUUCGAAAACUAUUGGUGUGUUCCAGGCUACGGCAAUUACACAAGUAACAGCACAUUCAAGGCGAAUCUCGACCGCGUUCUUUCUUCGCUUUCCUCUGCUUCCACCAACAAUGGCUCCGGAUUCUACAGCAUCUCCACCGGAGGCCAGAACUCCGUCGACAAAGUCAACCUCAUUGCCCUUUGCAGAGGCGACUUGACGCCGGACGUCUGCCGAGGCUGCCUCAACGACUCAAUCGGCGAGAUCGUCGACCAGUGUCCGUACCAGAAACAGGCAAUCGGAGUGUACGAAAAGUGUAUGCUGCGGUAUUCGAAUCGCUCCAUUCUCGGUACGGUGGACAACUACGUCACUUUCUUCAUGACAAACCCGGAGAACGCCUCGAACCCAGACCAGUUCAACCGCGCGUUGGGAAGCUUGUUGAACGAUCUGCGAGCCCAAGCGGCGUCGGGCUCUUCGACUCUGAAGUUCGCGACGGGCACUGUGAACGUUACGGAUUUCCAAAAAAUUUAUGCCCUGGUUCAGUGUACUCCCGAUUUAACAGAGUUUGAUUGCAACAAUUGCCUGGAAGAUGCUAUUAGCCGGGCUCAGCAAGGAAAAAGAGGAGGGAGAGUCAUUAAACCCAGCUGCAGUCUUCGGUUCGAGGCGCUCCAGUUCUAUAACUCGACGCCUGAGGCGCCGCCGCCGUCUUCUCCAACGUCUCCUCCGCCGCAGACCGGUACCACAAGCACAGGCGGGAACGGUAGCAACACAGCCCGAACAGUCAUCAUAAUUGUUGGGUCAACAGUUGCUGCUGUGAUACUUGUAAUUCUUAUCUGCUGCUUCUUUAGGAGGAGGAGGAACUGGGAGAAAAUUGAAACCGUGGACGAAAUUAGAAGUGUGGAAUCCUUGCAAUUUGACUUUGGCACUAUUAGGGUUGCAACAGAUAACUUCUCUAACGCUAAUAAGCUUGGACAAGGUGGAUUUGGAGCAGUUUACAAGGGUAAGCUUUCCAGCGGACAAGAAAUAGCAGUGAAGAGGUUGUCUGCAGGAUCUGGACAAGGUGACCUAGAAUUCAAGAAUGAGGUUCUGUUAGUGGCGAAGCUUCAACACAGGAAUUUGGUUAGGCUUCUGGGUUUCUGCUUGGAAGGGACGGAGAGGCUUCUCAUAUAUGAGUUUGUGCCUAACACAAGCCUUGAUCACUUUAUAUUUGACCCAUCGAAGCAUUUUCUGUUGGACUGGGAAAGGCGUUACAAAAUUAUAGGAGGCAUUGCUCGAGGGCUUCUUUAUCUUCAUGAGGAUUCCCGACUUCGGAUCAUUCAUCGUGAUCUCAAAGCUAGCAAUAUUUUGCUAGAUGCAGAGAUGAACCCCAAAAUCUCAGAUUUUGGAAUGGCGAGGUUGUUUAUAGUGGAUCAAACACAAGGCAAUACAAAUAGAAUUGUUGGGACCUAUGGAUAUAUGGCACCAGAGUAUGCGAUGCAUGGGCACUUCUCAGUUAAGACCGAUGUCUUCAGCUUUGGUGUAUUGAUUCUGGAAAUUGUGAGCGGCCAAAAGAAUCACUGCUUUCGCAGUGGGGAGAGCAUAGAGGACCUUCUAACCUAUGCAUGGAAAAAUUGGAGGGAAGGAACGCCAUUGAAUCUGAUGGAUCCAACGCUGAGGGACGGCUCGAGAAGUGAAAUGACAAGAUGCAUCCAUAUUGGGUUACUGUGUGUUCAAGAAAAUGUAGCAGAUAGACCAACCAUGGCCUCAGUUGUUCUCAUGCUUAGCAGCUACUCUCUCACUCUCCCAGCACCAUCAGAACCUGCAUUUUAUGCGGGCAGCACUAUCGAACCAGACAUGAUGCUGCAGGAAAAUAGUACCUGGGUGACACACUCAGAUCAAUCGAAAACUAAAAGCGACCAAUUGCAUGUAGUUAAUGAUGACGCUAUAAUUACCGAAAGCGAGGUGUACCCACGAUAGUGAUAUGAAGACUAAAACAAAUGCUAUGAUUUUUUGUGUUUCUUUUUAAAUUAUAAUACAUCUAGUCAUGUUCUGUGAAAAAAAAUUAUAGAAAUAUGUGGUGGUCCAUGAGGAAUAAGAGCUACUGUUGGCUUUGAGAGAUUGAAGUUUCAAAACAGAGCAUUUGACGAUAUCAGUUGGCUUUGUACGUUAGUCAAUCAAUGUCUGCCUACUUGACUUAUUCAAAGCAUAUAUGACUUUGUCCAGAUUAAAA